ACUGCAGGUUACCCGGAUGAUAAAAGUUACACACACGGUGGCUUUGCCUUCCGCGGGAUCGCUCCAUCAUAAUGGAUUUUAUGACAGAUCAAGACGUCCAAAAGUACAAGGAGGAUGGAUAUGUGGUUCUGGACGGGCUGCUGACCUCUCAGGAGUGCGAUGAGCUGAGGCAGAGAAUGGCUGAGAUCGUGGACCGGAUGGACGUCCCCGACCACUGCCGGACCACUUUCUCCACCUACCACGACGAGCAGCUAAAAAAGCAGAUGCAGGGGAAUGCGGAUUAUUUCAUCACAAGUGGAGAUAAGAUCCGUUUUUUCUUUGAGAAGGGUGUUUUUGACGACAAAGGGGAAUUCAUCGUACCAAAGCAGCAGUCUCUCAAUAAAGUUGGGCAUGCCCUACAUGCAUAUGAAGCUUUGUACAAGAAAGUUACACAUUCACCCAAAGUUCAGGGAAUAGCCAAGAAACUGGGCCUGGUUAAUCCUGUGAUACUGCAGAGUAUGUACAUUUUUAAGCAACCAGGAAUUGGUGGCGAAGUGACCCCGCACCAGGACGCCACGUUUCUGUACACGGAGCCCCUGGGCAGAGUUAUGGGACUGUGGAUCGCCCUGGAGGAUGCGACUGUCAACAAUGGCUGCUUGUGGUUCAUACCGGGAUCACAGAGCAGCGGUAUUUCCCGUCGAAUGGUGCGCACCCCGAAAGGCUCCUUCCCGCUGACAGACUUCAUCGGAAGAGAGCCAACUUAUGACGAGGACAAGUUUGUAGCUGCGCCUGUUAAAAAAGGUGGUGUGGUUCUGAUUCACGGGGAAGUGGUGCACAGAAGUGCUGAAAACACUUCUGAAGACUCUCGCCAUGUCUACACCUUCCACAUCAUGGAGGCCCUGGACACUCGCUGGAGCCCUGACAACUGGCUGCAACCCACAGAGGAGCUGCCUUUCCCACCUCUCUACACUAAAUGACAACAAAGUCUCUGGCAGCUUACAAAGAGGAACGGUUUUAUAUGAAGAAGAUGUUCGACGACGUCUGCAGAAAGUUUCUGGGAACAAUGUUUCACGCCUCAGUGUCUGUUGUUAAUGUGUAAAUCAGCUCAGUGUUUUUUUUUCCAAUUUUACUGGGUCACAACUCCUCAGGCUGGCAGGCUGCACCGUCAAAGCACCGAGCAUUAUGUCGAAAAAGUAUUAUGUAGUUCAUAAAUAAUGGUUGAACACUAUAAUGAAUGCAUACAUAUUUUUUUUAAUGUAACCAAUAAUUACUAAAAUAAAUAUGUUUUAGCAUUUUAAUAACUGUCCCAUGGAUUAUCUUUGGUGAUAGAAGUGGGGGUUUUUUUUGUGAGCUACUUUAAAUUUAUAUUGUUAGUAUUAAAUAAUACACAACGCAUAAUUGGAAGCGCUCACCUUACCAUAAACCUGUUUACAAUUUAUAAUUUAGUUGUUUUUUUUAAUAUUGGAAAACCAUGCAUCAUUUUUACUUCUAAAACUCAAUAAAAUGAUUGAGACAUUUGUCAUUGUGGUGUGACAAAAUGCAAGAAAGUCUAAGCAUUCCAACAGAUGUCCAUUUUAAGAUUCAGCUUGACUAAUUAAACUUCAAGGCCAAAUAAUUUUUAACACAAACAUGUAAACAUUUUUUAUUAACAAAUCAAAUUAUAAAUGAGAAAGUUCAUUUUUGUGUAUUCCUAGUAUGGUCAUUCAUUCACACAGGAGGCAUAGCAGGUAUCUGCCAUGAUGUGCAGAUCAUGCAAUAAUACAGAGAAAGGAAAGAAUCAUGAGAUAACAGCAUACUACUAUGCCAAAACACGUCACAACUUAAAAAAAUACACAUAUAUGAAAUGACGCCAAUCAACACUGAAAUCAAAGCUCAGACAAUAAAUUAAAGUAUCUUUGUGUAUAAAUGAAGUCCAACUUAAUGACAUUUGUCUACAAAGCAUCUUAAAUUAAAUCUCAGGGAGUCUGUUCAUAGUUUGACCCAAAAACAUACAUACCGAUUCAUAAUAAUAAUAAUAAUAGUUUAAAUGAUCAGUUUAACAAGGAAUGGUCCAGUUAAACCACAAACAUACAGAGCAAAGUAAACAUUUAGGGCAAAAAAAAAAAUCGUAGUUCAGGAAAGCUGCAUAUAAAUAUGUUACAGUACUAGAGUUCACAUUAGUGUCAUGCAGAAUCACAAGGAGAGCCAGCCCUUAUACAAAUAAGUUGAUUUGGACUGCCAUGCUUUUAUCUACAACUUCUACAAUAAGUGAUCGUCUGCUAGAGAAAAUACACAUCUUAAGGCAUGUUAGCAUAGCGGGCAGUCCUUUAUAUUGCCACGGGGAAGUCAAGACUGACAAUCAAAGAACAAGAUUUGAUAAAGAGAGAAACCUUUAAAUGAUGUUCUUCCAAGGCAAUGCACGUAGAUGUAUUGGUCGUACAAAAAAUAUAUCAAAACAAUAGGUAGUAGUUCCAUAUGGGACUAAACUAAUGCAUUCCCACUGUGCUAAACUCAGUUUGCAUAAUUUAAGAGUUAUAGGUGUCAGUGGUUGAGUUCUUCAGAGGCAGGACAGAAAUGUACACCACCACUGACACUGAGCUCAUGUUUCUUUAAAACCUGCUCUGGAUCUCCUUAUUG